GUCACUGCUCAGCUAGGGCGGCCAUCUUGGCUGCGUCCGGACUCGCUCCCGCUCCCGGGGCCUGCUCCUUUUCCUCGCAGCGCAAAGCGGUGGAAAGGGAGAAGACGAAGGGCCCGCCAGGGCGGUGCUGAUGCGCGCAGAGCCUCCUCGCACCUCUCCCAGGCGCCGCUAGCAAAGGGGGCGGGGGUGGUCGAGCGGUCACCGGCGCGGCCUCUUCUCUCCUCUGCCGGGAUGGGUCGGUCCCGCAGCCGGAGCUCGUCCCGCUCCAAGCACACCAAGAGCUCCAAGCACAACAAGAAGAACCGGAGCCGAUCGCGGUCCCGAUCUCGAGAAAAGGAGCGGGCAAGGAAGCGCUCCAAGUCCCGGGAGAGCAAGCGGAACCGGCGCCGGGAGUCCCGCUCACGCUCGCGCUCUAAUACGGCCCCCUCCUCCCGGCGCGACCGGGACCGGGACCGCGACCGCGCCUCCUCCCCCCCCGACCGUAUCGACAUCUUCGGGCGCACGGUGAGCAAGCGCAGCAGCCUGGACGAAAAACAGAAGCGGGAGGAGGAGGAGAAAAAAGCGGAGUUCGAGCGGCAGCGGAAAAUUCGUCAACAAGAAAUUGAAGAGAAACUCAUAGAGGAAGAAACUGCUCGAAGGGUGGAAGAACUUGUAGCUAAACGCGUAGAAGAAGAGUUGGAGAAAAGAAAGGAUGAGAUUGAGCGAGAGGUUCUCCGCAGGGUGGAGGAGGCUAAGCGCAUCAUGGAAAAACAGUUGCUCGAAGAACUCGAGCGACAGCGACAAGCUGAACUUGCAGCACAAAAAGCCAGAGAGGAAGAAGAGCGUGCAAAGCGUGAGGAACUAGAGCGAAUACUAGAAGAGAAUAAUCGAAAAAUUGCAGAAGCACAAGCUAAACUGGCUGAAGAACAAUUGAAAAUUGUUGAAGAACAAAGAAAGAUUCAUGAGGAGAGGAUGAAACUAGAACAAGAGAGACAGCGUCAGCAAAAGGAAGAGCAAAAAAUUAUCCUGGGCAAAGGAAAGUCUAGGCCAAAACUGUCCUUCUCCCUAAAAAGCCAGGAUUAAAUUUCAACUCUGAACUCUUAAAAGUAAAAAAGAAACAAACAAAAACAACAACAAAAAAAAAAGGAAAACAAACAAAAACUUUGUAUGGUAGCUUCAUGUUGAAGUGUUUUUUGGUUUUUUUUUUUUCUUUCUCUCAAAUUUUUUUUUGUCUUUUUUGAAAGUUGGAAAGUUAGCUUGUUCUAAUAGGGGCUGUGCUCUGCAAUUCUUUUUUUUUUUAAACUUCCAUUAAGUUAAACCCUUAUCAGAUCAUCGUUGCCUUUUAGAGGAUAAUCUGUUUUCAUCAAUUUUGUUUUUGUGUUGGUGGUCUGAAGCAACUCAUGUCACUUUAUGAACUGUGGAUGAUCUGAUAAGGUUUUACUGACCUACUCAUCAGAGUUUGACUCUGAUAAUUGACAGAACUUUUUACUGGGUAUUGCUGACUUUUAAUGUUUUUAUUUUAAAGUCAGUAAAUACAUGAGUAAAUUGCCAUAGUAUUACUGGACCUCUGUGGUUUAUUGUUAAAUCAGUGUCCUAUGAUACUGUCCCAUUGUUGCGCUUGAUGUUCCUGAUACAGGUAAGGAAAUAGUUUGUCAUUUCUGCUAUGAAUACAUAGAGAGAGUUCAGUAUUGUCUCUGUUAGAUUUGUUUUUAUUACAUUGACAGCAUUCAACCAGCGUUCCCCAUUGUGUAAAUAAACCAAUUUGCUGAAUAAAGUGAAAGUCUUAAAUUCA